AUGCUCGCACUCAAGCUGUCGUUUCUCCUUCUUGUGCUGGCUUCAGAAAAUGUUGCCAUAGUAGCUGGAAGCCCUCUACCAUGGUUUUUACCAGGUAAUGAUGCAAGUGAUAACAGUGGUGGUUUUUACCAGGUAAUGAUGCAAGUGAUAACAGCGGUCAGUACAUGUGCCUUCCACCUCUGUCACCAACAAACCAUUCCCGCAGUUGUCUCUACCAUAUAUUAUUUGGGGGUACUCGGUUUCCACCUGUAGUAAUACUUGAUUGAUAAGAGAAGAUCUUUAUUGGACCUCUUGGAAGAACAGUUUAGAACUGAUAGAGCUAUCCAGCCAAUAAAGUUAGUUUAGUUUAAUUAAGUUUCUUCUUGUAGUUACACUGCAUCAAUGAGAAAUGACCAUUGCAGAUGGGCCUUAUGGAUCCCUGGGGAGAACAGUAUAGAACUAAUAGAGCUAUACAAUAUAAAUAAUGUUAAAAAUAAUCAUAAAAAUUUACCUAUCUAUAGGUCCAUGUGACAGUGAUCCAUGUAAAAAUAGCGGGAAAUGUACAGUGGUUCCCUUUAGUUACACGUGCGCAUGCGCUGACGGUUGGAAAGGAAGCAUCUGUACUGUCAAAGGUAAACCUUACUUUCUCUGCUACUACCUUUACCUUGCCAUGUUUACUUUGAGCAUCAGCAGUUUAUGCCGAUAAGUCCUGGGAACGAGGAUGGCUAUAGAUAGGAUCUCAGAAAAUGCAAGAAAACGUGAAGUAGUUUCUAAAGCGCAUAAUCUUGAAUUGGGAGGCUUCAGCACCGGUAACAAUUUUCACAGGCAUGUAUUACGAAGAAACGAAGUAUUUGCGUUGAUAUGUUUUUAUAGAAAAAUUUUCCCUCGCAAACUAACUGCUCAACUUCUGCGAAAUAGCAGUUCUCUGAGAAGCCAAUCAGAUCUCUUCCUUUAGUCGUCUAACCCAGAACCUAAUUUUCAACAAAUGACCGAAUGAAAAUGGCUCUGUGGACGAGAAUGAACGCUUCUAUGAUGUAAGCCCAUGUAGAAAGAAGACCAUUUUUCUUACGCGCAGUUGUGUAAGAAACGUGUACUAGUGAUUGGCAAGCAAAGAAGCAACUAACUCUCCAUAAAUUUCUAAUCUGUUUGCCUAGUAAAAUCCAUCUUAUCAUUCUCCAUAAUAUUCACCAUAAUGUUCACCAUAUUCAUCGUAAAAUUCUCCAGAUUCGGGUAUUUCUCUCCUUAUAGUAAAACCAUGUGAAUCGUCUCCGUGCAAAAAUGGAGCUACCUGUACGGACAAAGAUGAUACUUUUGAAUGUGCUUGCGAAGAUGGCUACCUCGGUGAAACAUGCUCGCCUGAGAGAAGUAUGUUGUUUUUGUUUAUUUGGUCGAGAAAAAUUUAAGAUUUCACUUAUAUUGACCUCUAGGGAGAACCAUUUAGGACUGAUAGAGCUGUCCUGUGUAAAUAAAGCUAGUUUAGUUUGACUCACCUCCUAGGAGACUAUCCUCUAGAGAUAUCCAGUAGCAAUAAACUUGACAAAAUUGUUUAUUUGACAAAAUCGGCUAACGUUGUUUACCGUUUACCCGUAAUACUCGUUACAUAGGGGGAUUUAACAUCCAAUAGGGGAAUGCCGUUUAUAUUCCGUGCUUCCAUUCUAAGAAUUGUGCGUUCGCUCUGUUGACGUUUUGCUACGCCCGUCAUUUGAAUUUGCGGUGUCGCUAAUAAGGUAGCUAAAGCUAGAAGAUCACAAUGAAAUUUUCAAAAUAAGUUGGUGCUAAGAAUAUUUUAAAUACACAAUGAAAUAGUAAAAAAUGCGAGGAAAUGACUACGCAGUAUAUCGCGUUGGUGAUUUACUAGUAGAAUUCUCGCCUGCCACGCGGGAGACCGGGGUUCGAUUCGCAGCCGAGGCAGAGUAUUUUACGUCUCCCAUGAUCGUUUAAAGAAUUUAGUGAAAAAUUGGCAUCAUCCACAUGGACAGAAAUUGGAGUUCCUCCAGCACAUGUCCCAUGUGGUGGUCUUACACGUCCCCUAUGGAAACCAUCAAAAGAUGUUAGGGCUAACGUGUUUAAAUAAAUUUUUAUGUAUGUAUAUGUAUGUAUAGUGGUUAGGAUCUGGCGUUUUCACCUACAUGACCCGGGUUCGAUUCCCGACAUGGGAAUGCUUCAGUUUGAAAAGACUUUUACAUUUAGCGGUUGUUGCAAUUUUGGUUGACGGAAUUCCCAUGUGGUCUAGUGGUGACGCUCUCUCCGCCAUGGCCCGUGUUCAAUUCCCAACAUUGGAAUAUUCAAAAUUCCUAUAGGGGAAUAAAUUCCGUGCUUCCAUUCUAAGAAUUGUGCGCUCGCUCUGUUGACGAGUUUGAAUUUGCAGAGUAAGUACAUACAGAGGACCUGUUUUUCAAUCCGCCAAGUUCUUAGCAAGUGCCCUAAAGCGUCACCUGAAAACAUAUUGAAAUCUAAUAUUCCAGGGGGGUGAAUGUCUCUCUUUGGGGCACUUGUUAAGAACAUGGUCGCCAGAUAUGCGCAGUAAAACUACCUUACGGUUUUCCCGCAGAAGUGAGAACUCUGUGUGCACUUACUCUGUGAUAAAAUCCUGUAAUUGUCAUUUUCAUUUUAGUCCAAUGUGAAAAUCCGCUGGACCUUUUGUUCGUUGUCGAUGCAUCGAGUUGGCAAAUUACAGGCGACUUCACUCACGUCACAGAUUAUAUGUCUGACCUCAUAGACUGGCUAAAAAUAUCUGAUCUUGCUGUUAAAGCUGGAGUGAUAGCGUUUAGUUAUAAAGCCGACACAAGAGUGAUAUUUUUGCCUGACGCGUAUUCUGAUGCCAGUCAGCUAAAAAACGCAAUCGGCAACUUGAAGAAGAAUGGUCCAAAAAUAUUUUAUGGUCAUGAAGGGUACACCGCGAAGGCCUUGAAACUGGCGAAUGACGAGGUAGGCUUACUUGGUAAUAAUAAUAAUAAUAAUAAUAAUAAUAAUAAUAAUAAUAAUAAUAAUAAUAAUAAUAAUAAUAAUAAUAAUAAUAAUAAUAAUAAUAAUAAUAAUAAUAAUAAUAAUAAUAAUAAUAAUAAUAAUAAUAAUAAUAAUAAUUGUCAUUUUAUAUAGCGCCAUUUCCAAAAGUUCAAUAGCGCUUUACAUAGAUAAAGAAAUUAAGUGAUAAAACACCCAUUAGCUAUAAAAACAUAUAAAACCAAACAAUUCAAACCUAAUUACUAAAACUAAGAUUAAAAAGCCAUGUCUUAACAUAUUUCUUAAAAGUACUAUACGAGUCUAUCUUCCUCAAUUCAAAAGGCAUUGAGUUCCAUAAGGUAGGUGCCGAGAUGGAGAAGGAGCGUGCCCCAAACGUCUUUAGACUAAAUUUUGACAAAGAAGACUUUGGUCAGCUGAACGAAGGGUCCUGGUGGGAACAUAGGGUGUAACUAGUUCACAAAUAUAAGGUGGCAUCAGAUAGGGUUAGGAUUAGGGUUAGGGUUAGGGAAAUUUCCUAAUUUUCAAAAUAUUGCUAUAUGAAAAAAACGCCGCUUUGCAGAUGGAACUGACAUGGGGUCCAAAGGAAAGAUAUUCGUUAAAAAGAACCUCAAUAUUCUUUACCAUCGACGAACAUACAAAUUUGAUCAGAAACUCGAAGACCAUCAAUCAAAGGACGUGGACGAUAAGGAGACGAAAUUACAAUAACUUCAGUUUUCUCAUUAUUCAUCUUAAGUUUGUUGCAGAUCAUCCAUGUUUCGAUUUUAGCGACACACCUCUCAAUACUAAAUAUAUAUAGCAGAGUUUGCGUCUUCACCAGAUGAUGAAGUGAAGAGUAACAUAGAGUUGGGUGUCAUCCGCAUAGAAAUGGAACUUCAAAUUGUGUUUUUCGGCAAUGUCCGGAAAACAAUCUCUUCUCCGCAGAGGCGUUUUAAUAAAACAAACGUGGGCUAUACUCCUUAAAUGCCAAGCAAGCGGAUAAAUAAUGAAUGCGCGCCCUUGCUGUCCCGAGUGCUUUCACCAACAUGUUUUUCCGAUAUACAGUCCGCGUAUAAAACUUUAAAACCGUAAAAACGCCUCUUUCUCAGCUCAAAACAAAGCGUCAAGAGAUUUGAUUACUGUAAUAAAUGUUUGAAGCUUUUCCAAAUAACCCAACAAACAGCUGAGUUCGGAAAAAGCGAUGUCGUGUCUACUAUAAACUAGACUUGAAGUAAUACUCUUACGUCGCAAAUCAAAACUUUUCUGUUGCUGGAAAGAUGUAAUAGAUGCCAUGGGAUAACAAAUCAUUCAUCAGAUUUGUGUCUGUCAUGAAGAAUUUUUCAUAUUUCAUAUUUUGUCCAGGUUUUCAAGACAGCAGACCAACAUCCCAACGCAGCAAAAGCAAUUGUUCUUCUAACUCCACAAGUUCCUUUAGACAGCAAGUCGGACGCAAUUGAAGAAGCUAAAGAGCUCAGAGCCAAAGGAGUUAAAAUUGUUUCUAUCGAUUUGGUGAAUGUCUUUAAAGCUUUUUUUAAAGAUCAAUCUGUGUGUAACGAGCUAACCAAGAUAUCCAGUCCACUCAAGCCUAUUGCCUCAGCUUAUGAUAAAUUGGAUGAGCAUGUUCGAGAGGUCACUAACCUGUUGUGUUCGUGUAAGUUCACUUUUAACUUGGUGGUGACAGAAGUAGUGGUGAUGAUGAUGUUGAUGGCGCUGGUGAUGAUGGUGAUGAUGAUGAUGGUGGUGAUUGUGGUGAUAUUCGUGAGUUCAUUCAAUUAUUAAAAGGCAAAUUAUAUUUUGAAUUUCUCCAGUCACGAAGGAUCCCUGUGAAGAUAUGGAUUGUGGAAAGAGAAAGAUCUGUUCUUAUGAUCGCGAUACAGCUUCAUGUAUAUGUAACAAAACGAAUUGUGAAGGUAAUAAUUUUAAUCGCUUCUAGUUUUAGGCCGGCAGCUGUUUUAUGACAUGCAAUUGAUGAUUCUCCUUAUUACGUUUUCGUAGCGCUUUGCAUUGUGGUUAUAGUGGUAUCACUGAUAGAGAUAGCGGCCUCGAAUGAAAAUAUUGAAUGUUUUCGCGAAUAUUUUGCUGUUGGCUAUCGCGCACCUGACCCUAGCUUUUUUUAAAAGUUCUUGCACGGGUCAGGACAAAAAUAAGCCGUCUUGUAUAUCAGUGAUACCACUAUAACCACAAUGCAAAGCGCUACGAAAACGUAAUGAGGGGAAUCUAGUAUUGGUGGGUUUCAGUGAGUGUUACAGCGCAGCUGGCGAUGGUGGUGAACUUUAGAAAUGUUGAUAUUUAUAGAAGAAAACAAACUAAACUAUAUUUCUAACGUUUACCUAUUUUCCUCUGAAUACAACACCAUCACAUAAUUUUAUAAUGAGAAGAACUAACUCUAUUUUUUCACUCGGAUAACUGAUAAGUUAUCUUUUGAGUAUUUUUGCAAAAUUGGUUCUUUAUUUAGCCCAACCUUGUGAUGAGACGCCGUGUAAAAACGAUGGAGAAUGUGAAAAUGUGGAUAAAGAAACGUUUAAAUGUAACUGCACUGAAGCCUGGACAGGUGAAACCUGCCAAGAAAAAGGUGAAUUUUCUUUUUCAAAUGUAGCAAAUAGAAUCAACUAGCUUUAUUUAUACUAGACAGCUCCAUCAGUUCUGGAUUGGUUUCUCUCAAGAUCUGAAUGAAUGAACGAAUGAAUGAAUGAAAUAUUUAUUUAAAACAGGGUAGUUCUGUCAGGUGCUGAAUGCACCUGUUAUCAGUAGAGCCCCUGACCUAAAUAAAGAUUUAAAUAUUAUUUAAAAAUACGACUACUAGCUGUUAUAACUAUCAAUAAAAUUUAUAGUUAAAAUCUACAUUACUGGUCAACAAAGUUAAAAUGUUAUUUAAGAUAUGGCUUUAUUAUAAGUUAAGCAUCCAUUAUAAUAAAAAGAAUGCUUUGCUAUUUGCUAUGAUCAUCCCCCAUUGACCCAGUGUUACGACAGUAGAAACCCAGCGAUGUUUGGUGGAUUCACACCGAAAACAUUCUUCUCAUAUGCAACUAUGACGAAAUAAGAAUUAAGAAGAAGACAAUAGCAUAUUACAGGAAAAGAUAACCAGUCCAUUGAUAUGUAACAUGUAAUUUUUUUGAGAAAUAACAAACGUACGUCUUGGUUACUGAGUUUAUUUCAGUUAAGGAAAAGCUUCAAAGCAAUUCUCCAACAGGUUGGUUAUAAAUGUGGAGAUAUUAUUCCAGAAAGCGUGUCUAGAUGAAAAGAAGUUUUAGUUUCAAAAGCUUUGAAACAAACGAACAUGCAGAAAUGCAGAAACCAAAAUAGCAGAUUAAACUCUAUAACAUAUAAGCACUACCGUAGGGAACAAUUUUGUAUGGGGGGUGGGCUUAUUAGUCAGGGGCGAUUAUUAGGUCAUUAUUUCCCUCUCAAACUUUACAGAUUAUCGCUAGUUUACAAAUUAUUGGGGAGCUGAAGCCCCCCCCCCCCGGUUGCCACGGCCCUGAUAAGGGUAGCGCUAAUCCAGCUAUGAAAACCAAGUUCUUCACCAGCUCGGAUGGUCACGACAAGUGUGAUGUCAAUUUUCUCAUCUAUUAGAUAUUUAUAUUGUCAGAGAAAUGUUAAAUUUGAACCACAAUGUUAGAAAACUAUUCAAAAGGUCAAUUAAAUGAAUAACUAUAUAUCACCAUUCAACACAAUUUAUUUCAUUGUCUUUUCCUAUCGUUUUUUUCUUCUAUACCUACGCAAAAUGUUCAGUUACAAACAAAACAAAAUUUACUUUUCAAUUAAUAAAGGCAAGGUAACCUGGUCAGUGAAAUCCCCAUGCAAUCCUGUGAUAUGUGGUAACAAGAUACCCACUACACCCCAACCUCCAUCACCCACACCAGCACCCCCAGUACAACCACUAUCACCCACACUUUCCCCUCUCACACAACCCCCAUCACCCACACCUGCACCUCCAGUACAACUACCAUCACCCGCACCUGCACCUCCAGUACAACUACCAUCACCCACACCUGCACCUCCAGUACAACUACCAUCACCCACACCUGCACUUCCAGUACAAUUACCAUCAUCCACACCUGCACCUCCAGUACAACUACCACCCACGCCUGUUGCACCCCCCACACAACCAGGAGAAUGUAAGUAAAGCAAGUAGUAAAGACAGAAAAGCUUUUGUGCGAUUAUCAAUUAGUAUAUAAUGUAAUGAUAACUAACUUAUUGCAAUGAAAAUUGUGAGUGAAAAAGCGUCAAUCAGGCCUGCAUUUUGAUGUAGUCACUAGCUCCCAACCCAACAUCAUGACUAAAAUGUGAACCACAGGUGGCCGGAGAUUUGUUUGGAUUGGAGGACUAAUACUGACUAAAAAUAUUCUAGGGGUCCGCAAGCAUGCCCCAGCAGAAAAUUUUGCAAUUUUAGGUCUCUGGAAUGCCAUUUCCUGCCGUCUCGUGGAAGACUUUAUAUGUAGAAACUAUAUAUAUCAGUUUGUUAGUUUUACAUUUGAACUUGAUCUUGAUACGAUUCGGUUGUUUCGUCGCCUAUGAUGUGAACAACCUGAACUCUGCUUGCAUCAUACACUGUUCUAAUCAACGUAACUAGUUCAUGUGGUUUAACUUAACAUUUCGUCCAGUAUAUAUUCAUAUUGUAUUAUUGUUGUGUUGUUUUAUUGCCUGGCUUAGCGACUGGUAGACCAACACGUACAACACUCUCACUCUCCAUAAUAUCAAAGCUUUUAUGACUUACUUGAGUUUCAUUAUCCAAACCAAACUGUCAUGCUAGCAGUCUGGAGGUCAGUCAAAUUUAGUGUGGGAAUCAGGAUUUUUUCCUGUGUUUGAAUAGUUUGUACAAGCAAAACAAAGAAACUAUACUUGUAUGUUGAGAAAUUAUUUCUGCAAUACUUUAAUACUUUUCUAGUAUCAUGUCCAACAGUUGUUGAGAAGAAAGGAUGUUUUAAAGAAGAUCAAAAGCCUCCACGUCUUCUUCCCAAUUACAUUUUAACAGAUCGUGAUAGCAGUUUAAAGAUCUAUAGUGGCCAGGGGGUUGAUUGGCGAAACUGGGUUAACUAUCUACCUGAUUUGGUGUGUCGCUGUGCUCAGCUUGCUAAAUCUAAAAAAUUCAAAUUCUUUGGAAUACAAUAUUAUGGUAUGUGCUAGAUUUUCAGAGCUAAAUCUAAAUAGCUUUGUUUUUCAUUCUUGAUUUCAUAAGAUUUUCAGGAACAUGAGAUCUUCUCAUUAUUAAUCACUGUUCUUAUUCACUUGUUUUUUUCAUCUCCAUCUCUUCCUUCUGACUUUCAUUACUUCAUUUGAUCGCAAAGUCGCAUUCAAGUCGUGAACUUCACGUCAUCAAGGAUCAUGAACUUUCAUGAUGUUCAUACAACUUUUGUCUCUUAAACGUUUUAUGGUCCGUUUUGUUCUCAUUUCCUCCGUUUUGUUCUUGUGUUUAUAACCUCGAGACGAUAUUUGUCUCAUAUAAUAAUUUCUAAUAGGUUAGUGGCAUAUAACUUAUUUUAUGUUCUCGCCUGGUUAUUCUACAUCCUUCUUUAUAUAUAAACCUCAAAACUCUCUCAGAAUAUUUUCUGCAAGUCACGAGAAAUAUCAACCGUUCUACUUUACCAGGAGAAUGUUGGUCUGGUCCCGCACAAGAUGAAAGUUCAUUCAAAGAAGACGGAAGCUCAACGGAAUGUGUCAACACGGACUGGAAAGAAUGCUCGGAUCAAUCCAAAUUUGCUUGUGCUGGAAAACAGUUCAAUAAUUACGUUUACGCUAUUGUUUCAUAG